AUGGCCGGUCAAGCAAUAGCAGCCGUUUUAGGUAUUUUGCUCGCGCUGGCAUUGCUGGAGCCGACGGCGGCCGCCGGCCUGAAGUUCACCACGCACGACCUCCGCUCGGAGAAGGCUGUGAGGCAGCUUUACGAGCGCUGGUGCAAGCACUUUAAAGUAGUGCGCAAGCAAGAAGAGAAGGUCCACCGCUUCGCCAACUUCAACCAGACGGUGCACCACGUCGCAUCCCAUACUGUUCGAGUUGCAGACGAGCCUCUGCGACUCAACGGUUUCGCGGACGCGACAUGGGCAGAACUUGAAGCGUGCAGGUGUCGCAUGACUCCGGAGGGACGCCGCAACCUCGCACCUGUGCCCGUCAAAAGGCGCGGCGGUGACGGGAACCUCACGCUCCCAGACAGCAUCGACUGGACUAGCAGGAUAUGCGGCCAAGGCCGGCCGUGCAUAAGUCCAGUCAGGAACCAGUUUUUAUGCGGCUCCUGCUGGGCGUUCGCCGCGACGGCGGCGAUCGAGAGCCACCUCGCCAUCAGACCAGAGGCGAGCAUAAUAGUGCAGCUUUCGGAGCAGGAGCUAGUUGACUGCGAUCACGCAAGCCAUGGUUGCAAAGGCGGAUUAGCCAUCAAGGCCUUCAACUAUAUCAACCAAAAUGGCAUCACGUCGCGGCAGAACUACCCUUAUAGAACUUUUCAGCGGGAGAAUGGUACGUGCUUAGCUAGGACCACACCGCGCACAAACAUAACCAUGAUCGGGUGGACACAGCUAGAGCCGCAUAAUGAGUACGAGCUCCUAGCGCAAGUUACCUCCGCUCUGGUCGUCGUCGCCAUCUCCAUCGGAGAUAACAACACCGAGUUCAGGGGCUACGCGGGCGGCAUGUACUGGGGCAAGUGCGGAACUAAGAUCGAUCAUGAGCUCUUGCUCGUGGGUUACGACCCCGACUCCUACCUUCUGAAGAAUUCUUGGGGACAAUCAUGGGGGGAUUUCGGCUACCUCUUACUUCCUAGGACUCAUAAUUGCGGGAUCCUCGAGAGGGGUGGCUCUUACCCUGUGAUGGGUUGGGACUAG